CGUUCGUUUCGCAAGUCAAUACUCCUACUCGACCGACAGAUCGAGCACCGCCCACACGGCAGCCGCGCCUCCGCUUAACGACUCCCCACAACAACGAGCGUCUUGAUGGAAGCACAGACGCAGCGACGAUGGCUAGCCUUGACGUGCGCAGCUGCCUUGCUUGGACGUACCCUGGUGUCCGCGACGGAAUGCCCCAACUCGUGCGGCAACCCCGACGGCGUUGGGUUCUGUAAACACAUCUCGUUCGCGACGUGCCGCACGGAGGAUUCAUGGGAGGCGCAGGACAUUGCGGCCGCGACGGGUUUCAUCAACAUGAUGAACCCAGACACGAAUCGAACGACGUUUGUGGACGCGGGCGGCAGGUUCUCGGGCUUUGCGUCCGUGUUUGCCCAAUCCAACAAGUUCCUCCUCAACGAGACCGAUCCGUGUCACAUCAUCAUGCGCCGGCUGCAGUGCGCGCUCCAUUUCCCCGUGUGCGAGAUCGGCAGCGACUACAACCGGCUGUGCCUCAAGUCAUGCACGGAAAGCGUCAAGAAGCAGUGUCCACAGAUGGCCGGAUUCUGCGCCAGCCAGCGAGCGGACGAGUUCGAACCGGCGCCGAAAUGCUUCCAAGUCGACUACAAGGGUCCCGCCGUCGGCAUGUGGAUCGCAGGGUUUUCCAUCUCGCUCGUGUUUUCGAUUCUCAACUCGGUGGGCAUCAACCUGCAGAAGUACUCGCUGUCCCAAAAUGCCAACUCGACCAAGACGUCGUUCCAGCAACCGCUGUGGGUGCUCGGGAUGGUGUUUGUGAUCCUCGGGUCGAUCUUGGAUUUUGUCGCAUUCGGCAUGGCGCCGCAGACGUUGCUGGCGCCGCUCGCCGCGCUCUCCCUAGUCUGGAACAUGUUUAUCGCGCCCUUCUUCCACAAAGAAAAGGUGACCCGCCGCAACCUCGUGGCCACGGCCAUCAUCUUUGUCGGCGUGACGAUCACUGUCAUCUUUGCGGGCCACUCCACGCCCACGUACGACCUGGACGACCUCAUCCUGCUCUACCAAACCCCCGUCAUGUACGCGUACAUUACGUGUGUCGUGCUGUUCCUCCUCACCAUGUUUGCUGCGACACGGUACAUCGAGACUAACCACGUGUACGAAGACGGGUUCUUCCACAUCGUGUGCUACGGCGGCAUCGCCGGCACGUUUGGCGGUCAGAGCGUCUUGUUGGCCAAGUCGACGGUGGAGCUGCUCAAGUCAGCCAUCUGGGGCGACGGCGCCGACGCGUUUGCCCACGUCACGACGUAUGUCAUCAUCGCUGGCCUCGUCACGUGUCUGUUGUGCCAGAUCUCGUUUCUGAAUGGCGGCCUCAAACGUUUUGAUGCACUUGUCGUGAUUCCCGUGUACCAGAGUUUCUGGAUCCUCAUGAGUGUGCUCGGAGGUAUCAUGUACUUUGAAGAGUAUGUGAGCAUGACGUCGGUGGAAAAGUACAUGUUUACCGCGGGGGGGGUCAUCACGAUCAGUGGCAUUGUAUACCUCCUUCAAGGCUCGAGCAGCGGGGGCAGCGGCGGCGGCGGUGGGUCGUCGGGCAAGCACUUGGAACUGGCCCAUACUGCGACGCCGUCGGAUGCGUGGAACACGGACGACUCGGACGAAGAACAGUUCCAGCAGCAAGCUGACGACGAGCUGGACGAGGUGGUACUUGAUAGCCCCAACAAGCACAUUAACGGAUCGCCCAAGAACCCUAAGACCCAAGUGUCCCCCACCGACGGACUCUUUGACAAGCAGCCCGACAAAUCCAAGAAGGACGAGUUCAUUUAGGGUUGACCACGACGAUAUAGUGCUACCUUGAGCUACUACUACUACUACUACAACUAUUGCAUACAUGUACAUAUCAACAACUUUGGAUUGUGUUG